GAUGUCUUCUUACUCCAGCCGCACCUUCUCUCGCUCCUCUUUGUCUAGUAGUGGAGGUGUCCGUAUGUUGACGAUGGGUAGCGGAAGCGUGUAUGGUGGUGCUGGAGGAUCUGGGGUUCGUAUCUCCAGUGCUUCUGCUUCACGUUCCUUUGCUGCUGGUGGUGGAUCAGCUGGUGGCUUUAACCUGUCUGAUGCCGUGGAUGUGUCUGCAAACGACAAAGCCACCAUGCAAAACCUCAAUGACCGUCUGGCCACCUACCUGGAGACCGUGCGAUCUCUCGAGAAGGCUAAUACUGAUCUUGAGCUGAAGAUCCGCCAGUUCCUGGACACCAAGACUACACCUGGUGCUCGUGACUACAGUGCCUAUUAUGUUUGA